GCUCUUCUUCAGAUGCAAACAGCUGAUUGCAAGCCGCAUUUAAUUUUUUAUUUUUUGUUAAUCGUUGAAUUAAGCUUACACAAUGCGUAUAACACAAUAUUUGGCCAGCAAAUUGAAGAACUUCUCCAAUCUGCCCAAGGAAUACAUUGAACGCAGCAAAAAGCAGGUGUACUGGCAAACGCCCAAGGAAAUUAAUUAUUUGCCCCGCACAGUGGAGCGCAAGCGAUUCCGCUACACCACAAAUCGCUCAUGGACGGGACACUUCCGUCAACAGAAUAUGCCCGGAACAGUGCGUCGCCAUGUGCUGGUGGAACCAAUUGAGGACUGGAGCUUCUUCCGCGGCGAUCGCAUCGAAGUCCUAGUGGGCAAGGACAAGGGAAAGCAGGGCAUCGUCACCCAGGUGAUCCCCGAGCGCAACUGGGUCAUUGUAGAGGGACUCAACUGGCACUACCGCAAGGUGGGCGGUGAGAAGGAAUUCCCCGGCAUCAUAAUCAAGUCCGAGGCACCGCUGCAUGUUACCAAGGAUAUCCGUCUGGUGGAUCCCUCGGAUCUGCAGGGCACAGACUUCGAGUGGCGCUUCACGGAGGAGGGAGAGAAAGUGCGCGUUUCCCUGCGAUCGGGCAGAAUCAUACCCGUUCCGGAGACAAACAACCAGACGCACGAUUACAAGACCCCCAAUGCCUAUAUCGAAAGGGAGAAGGAUACGCCAGGCGCUGUUGUGGGCGAGAUCACCUUCCAGCCCAAGUUGUCCACCUUCGAGAUGGACAUCAUGGAGGAAAUGGGCAUUAAGGAAGAACGCACGCCAGCUAAGAGUUAUUGGUACUAACGUUAUGCCUACUGUUUAUUAAAGUAAUGUACAAAAACCCAGAAUAAUGAGCAA